GGUGAGCAGUCAGAAACUCGCAAUCGUUUGCUUGUUCCGACGAGUCAACGACUCAGCUGUGAUUCUGCCGUAUCGGUUUUUUCUUCAGACGACACCAACAACGAAAAUUGUCCUCUUUCGACCGUGCCAAAGGUGCGACCAUCGGUGUUCACGUUAACCAAUGACCAACAAGAAGUGAACGUCGGUAACGUCGAUGCUUCGGAUUCUCGUCACUGCUCACCACCGAACACAACAAAUCCACGCGCAUCUGUUCAUAAGUCAUCAGUCUCGUCAGUUGUGUCAAUGGAAUACGAUGAUCUCUUUGAACUUUAUUCUGAAACCGAAGUGCGUUAUGAUCACUGUGUAACGAUUCUGUUAAUGCGAGAUGAAUAUGGGAUUCUUUCUGAUGAUCUAGAUGAAAUGACAUUAUGA